GUACUAUGUACCUAUUCGAGGGAAAAAAAAAGAGAAUAUUUUACCUCAUGACGUUUUAAACAAUUUGAAAUUUACAGUUAUACUCUUUUCCAUUUCCCUUUUUCACAUGGCGUCCGAUCUCAGCGCACCUCCAGUACUCUCUACACCAGCUGAAUAUACCUUCAUAGAUGACCCGACCCUGUCUUCCACGAUCGCUCAAACGAAACAAACGAAAAGAUCUGAUGAUGAAUUAUAUGAAGUUUACGAGAUUGCGCGAACAGCUGCCGAUAUUCAACAAAAUGGCUGGAGGCACAUAGCACUACAGUUCCCGGAUGCCAUGCUACCGGAUGCACCAUGGAUUGUUAAUGCGCUUCGCAAAGAGUUAAGAAGUGUGGCGGCGCAUCUACAAGGAGAUGGGGAAGAAAACGAGGAGAAGCCGGCAGAAAGCCAACGGUUAUACAUAUUAGCGGACACAUCCUAUAGUGCUUGCUGUGUCGAUGAAAUAGCAGCCGAGCACGCAAAUGCCGAAGGGGUCGUCCAUUAUGGCCGCGCAUGUCUGAGUCCAACUUCGAGGAUACCAGUAAUCCAUAUCUUCACGAAGCAGAAACUUGACUACUACACCAUAACCGAAUCGUUCGAGAAGGAGUUUCAGGACAAGACGGAUAAAGUGGUUGUUAUGGCAGACGUCAUGUUCCAAGACCACGUCUUGCCCAUAUGCGAAUUACUCAGAGAAAGAGGAUACACAACCAUCAUUGCGACUGAAAUUGUACGAGAUCCCACUGGACCGAUACCGAAUCGCAAUAUUAUCUUCUCUGCUACGCCUAGUGAGGAUGAGAUCGUUCAUAAUUUAAAUGAAUACCAUCUAUUCCAUAUUUCCACUCCACCUACGUCACUCCUCAUGACCCUUUCCUCCCGUCUCGCAUCUUUACGAAUUUACUCCACACCCUCGUCUCCGUAUAUAACGGACUCUACACCCUUAGAUCCAAGCGCCACCCAAAGUUUACUUCGCCGGCGAUAUGGCCUUGUCAUCCGACUUGCAACCGCAUCUAUAAUUGGAAUUCUCGUGAACACGCUAUCCGUCAAGAACUACAUGUCUACGAUCUCCACCCUCAAAAGUCAGAUUGCAGCUGCCGGGAAGAAGAGUUAUACGAUUGUGGUUGGUAAAUUGAACGCUGCCAAACUUGCGAACUUUGCGGAGAUAGAUGGCUGGGUCGUCGUCGGGUGCUGGGAAAGCGGUCUGGUUGAGCAGGAGGGGCUGUGGAAGCCCGUGGUCACACCGUUUGAACUUGGGCUCGCGCUACAAGGGGAGGAGAGUAGGGUCUGGACUGGGGAGUGGUGGGGCGGGAUUGAGGGAGUGGGAACCUCGUGGGCCGAGGAAAGAAGUGCAGAGAGCAUCGCCAAACAGAGCCAAGUUGAAGAAGACAGCGCCGCUGCUCCAGACUUAUAUGAUAUCGAAGGCGGUGUCGACGAUGAAGAAUCAGAACCCCCCGAGUUUGACCUGCGCACUGGCAAGCUGGUUAGCAACAGCCGCCCGAUGAGGAUGGCUAUACGGAGCGUGCCGCGGAGUGGAGCCGAAACCAACGACGUAUUGUCAUCGCUGAAUCAGACAACCGCAUCCUCAGCAGCAAUUGUCAGGAGAGCCGCUGGAGACGUGGCGCUGGUGAACGGUGUGGCAAGUCCUGGAGCAGAGUUCCUGAGGUCGCAGCGAACCUGGCAAGGGCUGGGCACGGAAUUCGGCACGGAGGAUGAUGAGGACAGCACAGUUGUUCGAGAGGGACGAAGCGGUGUUGCCAGGGGCUACACCGUGGGGACUGAUGAGACGAGGACGUGAUUGGCCCUGCCUCGCUCCGUAUUUUGACCGUAAAUCAACAAUGCCCAGUGUUGAGGCGCAAAUCCCGCCGAUUAAGUCACCGCAACCUAAUACUACUUUCCCCAGUUUGAGCAUCAAGGACCAAAUUCUCAGCCGAGACAGAGCCAUGCCCUGCCGGUGAUGGCCUCUGCUGAGUAUGAUCUUUGGCAUUGGCCAUGUACGACGUUCGAUUGAGCUCUGUCGCACUUGUUUGGAGAGUUAGUAGUAACUAUCUUCAGCUGCGCAUUGCUAUGCCUCACGAUCUAACUAUAUGGAUAAAGUGUUAUAGUGAGGUUAGGGGAAUGAGAUAGUAGUGACUUUUGGAUUAUGUACCUAGCAAAUGCCAUAAGACUGCGAGAACGACAUAUUAUU